AAGAAAAAAAAAACAAGAAAAAAAAAAAGGAAAAAACGCCUCGGGAAUUAUAAACUCCAGGGUCCGAGACGAUAAUUGUUCAAGCUGUCGGUCCCGAAUGACGUUAUGAACCAGGAUUAUUUGUUUAGCUGCAGAGAGAGCUCGGCUUCUGGCAUCUCGAUGAUCCCGUCCGUAACGCGAACAUGCAGUAGCUUCGUGAGACGCCAAGCUUACAAGUUGAAGUGCUUGAUGACCAUAGGCAUCGUGGGGCAAAUCCUGCCGGACAACAACGUCUUUUUCGGAUCAAGUUCGAAUAAUACCCAGAGAGGAAAUAAUAAUCAGGCACUUCGACGGUCCUCGGAAGACCGAGUCUCCCGCUUGGUCGCAUCAUGCAAGCAAGCCACUUAAAAUCUGGAUGCUUUUCCAACACGUUGAUUUGUCAAGACUCUGAUCCGUCUUUUGGAGGAUUUGGUUCGUCGAUAUAUGUGGAGUAUGUACUUCUGUCUUAUGUAGCUCACAACUUGAAGACAUACUCCUAGCCACUAGGUAGGUCGGGGAAGAGGUAUUCAGGGAUGGAGGUACCGGAAUUUUCGGUCAAAGGAAUUUACUAUUCUGUUAUUUAUCUGGGGUCGAUGACCGCAUCACUUGUACGGCUUUAAAUAUGCCUUACCUUGGGACUUCGUUCACGACUAGAAUCCGAACAGGUACGUAUGUGUUAAACUACCUACCUACCUUAGGUACCUAGGCAGGAUUUGAACAUGUCUCAGUAUCUCGAGAGCGAAGCUUCGUUUGAGGGCCAUCUCAUCGGGUUUCUCUAUCGUCAAUGGCUAAUAUACCGGAAGCCAAUCCCUACGGGGAUAAACGUGUCAGGCCAAACAGCUAUCGUGACAGGCUCCAACUCUGGCCUCGGGUUUGAAGCUGCGCGACAGCUAUUCCAGCUUGGCCUCACACACCUAAUCAUGGGGGUGAGAUCACAAGCACGCGGUGACGCUGCAGCCGACAAGUUGAGGAAAGAGUUCCCAGAAUCAACCAUAUCAGUUUGGCUUGUCGAUAUGGAGUCGUACGAUUCCAUCACGGCAUUCGUAAAGAAGUGCGAGACGCUACCUCGAAUCGAUAUCACGAUAUUAAACGCUGGCAUACGGUGCGAUAAUUUCACGACUGUCAAGGCUACGGGCCACGAGAAGACCUUCCAAGUUAACUACCUUUCAACAAUCCUCCUAGCCAUCCUGCUGCUUCCGGUCCUGAAAUCAAAGAAGUUAUCGUCCAACAGCUCGUCACCUCCCCGACUCUCCAUCGUCACGUCGGAUACUUCAUACUGGGCGGACCCGCUCAAAGCAGGACCGGUCGUACCACAGUUUGACAUUCCCGAAGAGUACAAGCCGAUGCGGUCUUACCCGAGAAGCAAAUUGUUGCAAUUAUACUUCGUUUCCAAGCUUGCGGAGCAAAUCAACGCCGACGACAUCAUCGUCAAUGCAUCUAAUCCGGGUUUCUGCAAGGGCACGCAGUUUGGAGACGGCGCCGUCAUGUCCUUUAUAAGCAGUGUAAGAUUUUGGAUCUUCCAAAAUCUCACCGGAAGAACGGUAGAGAGUGGCGCCAGCGCCGUUAUCGACGGUAUCGUUGUGAAGGGCAAGGAGAGCCACGGGAGCUAUGUUAGCGACUGGGGUAUCCGACCGUACCCUAAGGUCUUAUAUACAGAGGAAGGGCAGGAUAUAAGAGAAAGAGUAUGGGAAGAGACGUUGGAAGAGCUCAAUUUCGCUGGUGCUUCUAGGAUUAUUGAAGAGGUGAAGCGCUGAUUUCGGACAGUAUUGCUUUGCAUAGCAUGUUCUGGCUCAUGAAGCGAUUUUUAACCACGAUAUUGACGUGCUGAUACCAUUUAGAUAGUAGAUUUCGUUUAGGAUAGGGGGUACUUAGGAAUCGACUCUCACUGAAGUUUAUUCAUGUCGUUGGACACUUUCUUCAUAACGAUUCCUAAGAUUGAAAUUAACAUAACAAGAAUGCCGUAGGUGUUCCCGGAUAUAUGAUCUGGUACUUGAAAUGUCGUCAAACUAGAUUAGGUACUUUCGCGAAGCAAGGGGUAAUGUUUGAUGAAGGGCAUUGAUAUCAUAGAAAGGAGAAUAGAUAGGGAACGAUAGCGUAUGUAUGGC